UAUCAGAUCCGUUAACAGCAGUCGGCGUUGAGGCACCCACCCGCUCUAACGGCCAACGUCUCUCACAUCCCCCGGGCUUGAACCGGUGCUCCGCCGUUUUCGACCUGUUCCGUCAUCCGGCCGAUGGACCGCACGGAAAUCAGUGUCGUUGACAAUCGGAAGCAUUCUUUCUUGCACGACAGGUAUUCGCCGUCGCGACGUCGGCAGGAGCUGUCCUACCAGGACCCGUCCAGGUGUUAACGAUCAACAAGCUCCUCUUCAAGUGUCUGCGAACUUAGUGAAAAGACUAUUACGGCUGUGCUGAGUACGCUGUUUUGGGAUGGCUGCUGAUAGUUUUCGGAAAGAUGAACGAUCUGCGAACAGAUAAUCUUCAAGAAGAAGUUUUCCUUCGUGACGAAUCAACUGUUUGAAAACCUUAAUAAAUGAUUUGUUAUUUCUAAAGGCAUCAUUCUUUGAAAACGUGGAGGAUUUUGCGAGCUCAACCGACGGCCUUGUCAAAAAAGAACUUGGCAAAAAAUUCUUUUGAAAAUUAAAGGUGUGCAUUUAUUGCUAAAGAAGGAUCAUAGCGUGACAGAAGAGAAUGCGAAUGUCUUGUGCAGUGACGAGAAAGUUGUAAGAAGGUGAAAACGGACUCGAGGUCCAGGAUGAUGGAAGUGCAGCAGCAACACUCGCCUGUAGGGGUGGGUCCAUUAGACUUUUCGAGACGGGGAGUUGCCGAAGCAUCAGCGUUUCGAGUUGUCAAGCCUAAACAGCCAGCUUCUUCACUUGUGCAUCAGCAACCGUUGCCGCCGGAGACCAACAAUAAUGAGAAUCUUCAGGAGAACCCGCAGAUUCCUGUCGAUACUGAAGGAGGAUGUAAUGUUCGUUUAGUGUUCCCGAGAUUGUGGGCACCUUUCGGAAGUGCAACAGAAGUUACGAAUCUUCCACCUUUACCGAAAAGUCACUCAGAACGGUUGUCCUUCGGAGUGGGUCGCCUGGUGGGCUCGCCGGCGACAAGAAGUCCCUCGCCAUCGCAGUCUCCCUGCCCGGAGUCUCCUCCGCCCGAGCGGCGGGAUGCCGAGAUGGACCUCGACGUCGGCGAGGAGGAAGUCGACGUGGAUGUCGAGGAAGUCGGCGACGAGGAUGACCACGAGGGCACUUCGAGUCCGCCGCGAUCGUCGUCAACGCCUUCGCCGUCACCCGUCAGUAUCGCGACGUCACCUGUGUUACAUCCGCCGAAAAAAUCUGGUGACAGUUUUAGCGUGUCGGCUCUCCUCAGGCCAGAUCCACCUUCCACUUACCUGAAUGCGUCCCCGCAUCGAGAAACCGCUUCCAUCGGCGCACAUCCGCCUCCACCCGGCUCGUCCAUCCUGUAUCCGCCGUUGCAUCUUCAGAGCGGACUCCUACCACCUCAUCCGCAUCAUCCUCUCUCGUACCUGCAUCCUCAACUGCUGCCGCAUCAUCUUCUACCGCCGCACUUGCAUCCAUUGCUACGCGGCGUUCAUCCGGGUCACCCGGGGCUGCAUUCGGCCCACACGGCGCACGGGCUGCACCAUCCCCAUCCGCUCGGCGACGUCUACAGCUGCGUCAAGUGCGACAAGAUGUUCAGCACGCCGCAUGGGCUCGAGGUGCAUGCGAGGCGGUCCCACAACGGUAAACGACCAUUCGCCUGCGAACUGUGCAACAAAACCUUCGGCCAUGAAAUCAGUCUCACGCAACAUAGGGCGGUGCACUCCGCAGAGAAGGUAUUCGAGUGCAAGCAAUGCGGCAAAGCCUUCAAGAGAUCUAGCACGCUCAGCACUCACCUUCUAAUCCACUCGGACACGAGACCGUAUCCGUGCCAGUUCUGCGGCAAACGAUUCCACCAGAAAAGCGACAUGAAGAAGCACACCUACAUACACACCGGCGAGAAACCUCACAAGUGUCAAGUAUGCGGCAAAGCGUUCUCGCAGAGCAGCAACCUGAUCACACAUUCGAGAAAGCACACAGGUUUCAAGCCAUUCGCAUGCGAUCUGUGCGGUCGAGCUUUCCAGCGGAAGGUUGACCUGAGGAGGCACCGCGAGACCCAGCACGCCGAUCUCAACACGUCGCAUCGACCACCGAUUGGUUCAAUUCCCGGACAGAAUUCCCUUCCUAGUGGAAAUCCACCGAUGAUGCAGUGAGACAGCGGUGAGGUAGCGAUUGACAAUCCGUCGCUGGACCAGUGCGGAACAGCGAUUGGAGAUGAUCGCAAUUGAUAGCUUGUUCCCGCGAAUCAGGCAGACUGACCGAGUUAAAGACAUAACUGUGAGAAUUAAAAUCAUAAAUAAUCGUCACGAUCGUCGAUGAUGGCGGAAAUGCGAUGACAGCGACAUAAAUUAAUUUAUAAUUUGAACAAAACCAUGAGUGAAGCAAUUACGGAUUUCAUCUUGGAGAAUUACUGGCUGGAGAAUAUCAACUUUUGCAUUUUGCGUUAUUUUCCAUAUUUCAAAUUAAAUGUUAAUUGUCAUUAAUUUUUCAUUUAUAAUACAUCAGUAAAAAGAAUUACAACAUAUGUAAUUUAUAAAAGGAAUAUUUUGUAUCAUUAAGAAAUAUCACAUUAAUGAUUAUUAAAAAGCAAAGUUGAUAUUUGAAGUGUUUAUACACCGAAUAAGUAACAGAACUGCAAAAUUUUAUAUUAAUUCAAGUGGUAUGACAAACGCAAAAUUAGCCGGAACAGUGCAAUUUGAGAGUGAAUUGUGGAGACAAUGUGAACUAACUGAAAGGGAGAAUUCUACCAUUUUUAUUGUGCGUGCGUGAGAUCUUUAUUGAUCUCUUAACAUUUCUAUCAGUAGUUAUAUAAGUUGAUAUUUAUUCGACUGUUUUUUUAAGAUGGUUAAUUUAAUACAAAUAUUCCACAAGAGUUUAAGAAUUCUUGACUUGCAUUAUACCGUUGCACGAUAAAUGGAGCAUAAAUAUAUUGAUAAUUUAUUGCAACUGGACAUUUAAAGAAUGUUGCAUCUAUGUUGUUCCUAAGCAAUGAAGUGUGUUGGAGAAUUUGACUGUUUUAGCAUUUUCUUUUCGGACAAAAUAACUUUUUGUUACUAUGAGGAAAAGAUAAUUUAUGAGUUACAAAAAUGCGUAAAUUUAAGACGAAGGAACUAUUGACUGUUUUUAUUACAAGUGAUGGUUAGCACUAUUUUAAUCAGCCUCUAUCUACUGCUGAUCAAUUACUGUAACUUUUCUCUUUAUGUAGAUAUUCUUACGACACGCAAUGCGAUCUUCAAGCUAAUUGAACAUUAUUCUCACAACUUGCCAAUUAUGUUAAUCUAACACAUUUACUACAUGAAGACAUUAUUUUAAUCAAACAUCCAUUUAGCCGAUAUUUCAUUGUUGAUUGGAAAAAUCGAUAACACGUAAGAGCUACAUUUUUAUGCGAAAAUAUGAACAUUGUUCGACUAGCAUCGAAGAACGUAUAAUGUGUGGAAGUACGGCGAGAGAACGUACUGUAUUCUGCAUAUCUCCCGCAUCUGUCAUUGAAGAAAGGGUGUUAAACCCUAAUCCCUAAAGUUGCAACUGUGACCAAAAA